AUGCAGGCGGAUUUGUGCAUGACCACGGGCCUGCCCAUCCAGAACACGACCAAAACGCAGAACUUUGCCGUGCCGUUUUAUCGCGUGUACAGCAAAAGCUACUGCACCAGUGCAGUCGUACAAGGUUUCAACAUGGUGGUCGUAACCAAGAGCAUUUCCGUGCCUAGCUCGACGCACUACCUCGGCCUGAUGUUCCGACGUAGCAUCUACAGCACCAUCGGCGCAGUGCUCAAGUACGUGACCAUCUUGAUUGGCAUGGCGGGUUUCCUCGCCAGUCGAAAGACUGUCCAGUGGCACGACCGCAGCCCAGACAAAGUUGAAUCCGUGACCGAGAAGCUCAUGGACAUGGUCGUGCCCAAGUACUUUUCGCACCAGAGCUUCGCCAUGACGUUUGACUUGUUUUGCUAUAACAGCGACCUGCUUGUGUUGCUCUUUGUCGUGAGCAACUUGCUGGACAUGAACCAGGCGAUUCAAUACAUCCGAGAAGUGAACGCGUACAACGCAUUGAGUCCGCAGUGGGAUAUGACGGUCAAGUUGUUUGCACUGAGCACGCGCCUCUUGUGGCUCAACGUUGGGUUGGUCAAACUGGCCAAAAUGACCGUGCACUUCGUCUCGUCGGCUACGUACUCUGGGCACAGUCGCGUGAUGAGUUGGCUCAACUUUAGCAGCGUCACGACGCUGUAUUUGAGUGCGAUUUUGCUCUAUUUCGUGCCCGACUACAUUGAGUACAACAACAUCUGUCGAUGGGAUAUUGCCAACAGUUUGGAAAGUAUCAACGGAAGCGUGAUUGACAGUUUCAAGAGCUUCUACUUUCGCGGCGCACCGGCCAUUGGUAUUGGCCUCGCCCUCAACGUCGCAGGGGUGUUAGCAGUCGACCACUUGGUUUUGAUCAAGUUCUGGCGCAAUUUGGCCAAAAACAGCCUUCGGGCGCCAAGUCAUUUUCAACACCACGUGCAUCACGUAGCUGUGCUCGAGUGUAAAGCGCGGCGCCUGAGCACCCUGCAGUGGUAUUUCAUGAGCCAGACGAUGUGCUUUGGCUUACCGGAGAAAGAACUGAGCAAACAGAAGCAAAGUGGCAACCCGACGUUGGAUAUCGUGACCACCAAGGGAGAUGAGUCGUCCAUUCAUCUCAGGGAACAAGGCAAAGGAGAUAUCUUCCACGUGAUCAACCAGAGCGACAGCGGCCACGUCCACCUCCUCGACGACCAACUCGUGGAUGUCAAGAGCCUCGCGUUCAACAUCAAAAUCUUGCGCAAUACCGCACUGUACAUUUGUUAG